AUGAGCACAACAACACCAACAGAAAUCUUUACUAAAAUCAACGUUGAUAAAAGUAGAUACGAUCAAGAUACAUACUGGGGAAGAGUUGUUCACUUCUUCAAUGUUACCGAUCCAAGAACCUUGUUGGUAACUAAUUCAACUUUGAAGGGUGCCAUCUCUCUUUUGGAUGAAUAUAAAGCAGAAACCGAUGAAAAGAAAUUACAAAGUGAACCAAAAUACGCACCAGAAAAGAUUUACCAGGCCAUGAAACUUAAACAAUCAUCAAUUCACCCAGAUACUAAGGAACCAAUUUUCCCAGCAUUCCGUAUGAGUGCUUUUGUUCCUAUGAACUUGUUGAUUGUUUCUGGUAUGUUGAGUGCUCGUAGUAUUCCUAGUACCAUUUUCUGGCAAACUGUCAAUCAAACUUGUAACGUUUGUGUCAAUUAUGCCAAUCGUAAUGCUUCCAAUGAAGUUAGUAAUGCUACUUUAUUCAAGAAUUAUAUUGUUGCUGUCACUUCUUCAGUUGGUACUGCAAUUGGUUUGAAUGAAUGGGUUAAGAGAAGUACUUUCCAACCAGUUCUCAAGAGUACAUUGUUGAGUAUUGUUCCAUUCACAGCUGUUGCUGUUGCUAACGUUUUGAACAUUGGUAUGAUGAGAAGAGAAGAAAUGACACAAGGUAUCACAGUUUGGGAUCAAGACGGAACUGUUUACGGAAAGUCAGCAGUUGCUGGUAGAAUGGGUGUUGCUCAAACAAUUACUUCAAGAAUUCUUUUGAUUGCUCCUAGUAUGAUUGUUCAACCAAUUUUGAUGAACUCUUUGGAAGCUAGAGGUAUUUUGAAGUCUGCCAUGUCUAAGCAAUUGACUAACUUGGCCAUGUUAACUGUAUUUAUUGGUCUUUUCUUGCCUUUGGGUAUUGGUAUUUAUCCACAAAUCAGUCCAGUUUCUGCUACUGAAUUGGAACCACAAUUCCAUAAUAUUACUAACACAAAGGGAGAAAAGGUUAACACUUUCUACUUCAAUAAGGGAUUGUAA